AAAUUCAGAAAUGGUGAGAACAGCUUUCUGCGUCGCGGUAAAGUCUUGCCGGGUACAAACGGCAAGGAAGAUCCGUUUCAGUCAGAAAACAAAACGCGUUUGACUGCUCGGGAAGGGGAUUGAAGCAUUUAAGAAUGGAAAAAGACUUCCGCUACUAUUUCCAGCAUCCGUGGUCUCGCUUAAUUGUGGCCUACCUAGUGAUCUUCUUUAAUUUUCUAAUAUUUGCUGAAGAUCCAGUAUCCCACAGCCAAAAAGAAGCAAAUGUCAUUGUUGUUGGAAACUGCUUUUCCUUCAUUGCAAAUAAAUACCCUGACGGAGGUGGUUGGAACUUUUUAAAAGUGACUUUGUGGCUACUUGCCAUUCUCACAGGACUCAUAGCUGGCAAGUUUCUCUUCCACCAGCGUCUAUUUGGUCAGCUACUUCGGUUGAAAAUGUUUCGAGAGGAUCAUGGGUCUUGGAUGACAAUGUUUUUCAGCACCAUACUUUUUCUCUUCAUCUUUUCUCAUAUCUACAAUCUAUGUCUUCUUAUGGCAGGUGACAUGAGGCCAUACAUUGUUACAGACUUCAUGGGCAUCAGGAAUGAAAGUUUUAUGAAAGUAGCAGCAGUGGGGACCUGGAUGGGAGACUUUGUCACAGCUUGGAUGGUGACCGAUAUGAUGCUUCAGGACAAGCCUUACCCUGACUGGGGAAAAUCUGCCAGGGCUUUUUGGAAAAAGGGGAACAUUAGGAUCAUUUUAUUCUGGACAGUUUUAUUUACUUUGACCUCAGUGGUUGUGCUGAUCAUCACAACAGACUGGAUAAGCUGGGACAAGUUGAAUCGUGGAUUUCUGCCAAGCGAUGAAGUUUCGAGAGCUUUUCUGGCUUCCUUCAUCUUAGUUUUUGACCUUCUUAUUGUCAUGCAGGGUUGAGACGGAUCUGCCAGUUGCUGGAGUAGCCCGAGGGGUCUGCCUAGCCUCAUCUUCAUCACCGCACAAGUGGCACAGCUCCUUACAUAGUCCUCAACAUCUCUUUUCAUCCUUGGCCACCAGAAUUGUCACCUGGCCAUGUGCAGGGUCUUCAAGUAGCUGAAAUGCCCAGCUUGUUUGGAGUCUUGACUCUGUUGAAGGACCUGGAGCCACAAAUUGUAGGGCACAUACAACUUAGAUCUCUUCCAGCCUAGUCUAUCCUUGAGAAUUAGUAUUCUCAGGUUGUCCUUGUGCCACGGGUCAGCUGGCAGCUUGUCUUUCAGCUUUGGAAUAAU